AAUAUUUUUAUUUUCUUUCUUCAUUACAAACCCCUCAUCGCCCCACCUUUCUCCCUCCUUCUCUUUCUGUCUGGUUCUUUGUACUAGAUUUAACCCAUUUUAGAGUCCGGAUGAGACACCCUUUCUCUCUCUCUGUGUGCAGCUGUGACCCGUGAGUAAGAGAAGCUGAAUAUAUAUCUCUGAAGAAAUAAUAGAGCUUUUUGCUUUCUUGCAAUCCUUCUAGCAGCUGGAAUUCACAUUUGCACUGGCUUAGAAAUUACUGAGGAAACUUCUCACGUUGAUUCCUACUUAGCAUUUCAGAGGUUCAAUGUCAUUUCGAAGUAUAGCACGGGAUAUAAGAGAUAGUUUUGGGAGCUUAUCACGUCGGAGUUUUGAUGUGAGGCUUCCCGGUCAUCAUCGGGGAAAAUCACAUGGUUCUUUCCAUGAUUUGAAUGACCAACCUAUGGUAAUUCAGAACAGCCGUUGGGCUAAUCUUCCUCCAGAGCUACUUUUCGAUGUAAUUAGAAGGUUGGAAGAGAGUGAGAGCACAUGGCCUGCUCGAAAACAUGUGGUUGCAUGCGCUGCUGUUUGCCGAUCAUGGAGGAGCAUGUGCAAGGAAAUUGUUAAAAGUCCUGAAUUCUCUGGGAAGCUUACUUUUCCGGUCUCAUUGAAGCAGCCAGGGUCUCGUGAUGGAACUAUUCAAUGCUUCAUAAAGAGGGACAAAUCUAACUUAACAUACCAUCUUUUUUUGUGUCUCAGCCCUGCUUUGCUGGUUGAAAAUGGGAAGUUCCUUCUCUCUGCAAAAAGAACUCGUAGAACUACUUGUACAGAGUAUGUUAUCUCAAUGGAUGCAGACAACAUUUCCAGAUCGAGUAGCACAUAUAUCGGAAAACUAAGAUCAAAUUUUCUGGGUACCAAGUUUAUUAUAUACGACACACAGCCUCCACAUACUUGUUCACACAUCCCACCACCCGGCAGAACAAGCCGUCGGUUCUAUUCCAAGAAAGUAUCCCCAAAAGUACCGACGGGGAGUUACAACAUAGCCCAGAUUACAUACGAGUUGAAUGUGCUCGGGACACGUGGCCCGCGUAGAAUGCACUGCAUUAUGCACUCAAUACCAGCCUCAUCUGUUGAACCUGGUGGAGUGGUGCCUGGACAACCAGAACUUCUUCCAAGACCGCUUGAGGACUCGUUCCGGAGCAUCUCCUUCUCAAAGUCCCUCGAUCACUCUACCGAAUUCAGCAGCUCCCGAUUCUCCGACAUCCCUGCUCUGUCGAAUGAAGACGACGACUGUAAAACAAGGCCCUUGGUUCUCAAGAACAAGGCCCCUCGUUGGCACGAACAAUUACAGUGCUGGUGCCUAAAUUUCCGAGGACGCGUUACCGUUGCAUCCGUCAAGAACUUUCAGUUGAUUGCUGCCACACAACCGGCCCCUGCUGCACCACCGGCUUCUCAGCCAGCGCAGUCUGACCACGACAAAAUCAUUCUUCAAUUCGGUAAGGUUGGCAAAGAUAUGUUCACAAUGGACUACCGGUAUCCCCUAUCUGCCUUUCAAGCAUUUGCCAUCUGCUUGAGCAGCUUCGACACCAAAUUGGCUUGUGAAUAGAGAUACAAGAUAAUAUUAUCCAGUUAACGGAAGUUCUUGAAAGAAAAAAAAAACAGCUAUUCAUGCCUGUAGUUCCAACGUUGUAUAUUCUUCCUUUUCUUGAUUAGAAAAGGAGAUUGUUGUAUUUUUCGUUUCAUUUCUUUAGUGCUGCUGUAGAACUCAUUCGUAAUUCUGGCUCUAUACAGAAGAGAAGGGCCACAACCAUGGAAAAAACGGACCUUACCGAUCGAUGUUUUCGGUCUUUCGAUCUCUGGUAUUGUCAUUCUUGUUAUAGGGUUUGCAGAUAUUCCUGUUCUGAUAUUAA